ACGUAUCCCUGUGAUUCUUCCUAUGUUUCCUGCAAAAUUACGGAAGAAGUAAUCUUCAUCUUCCCCUUCUCGUCACCUGCGGGCUCUGGAGAAAUCGAUUGCCUUUGUUUUUCGUGCUUCCUUUCGUUCAGAAGACGAUUAUAGUGGUUCUGAGCAACAAAGAACAGGGAGAAAGAAGCUCUUGAGUCGUUAUCUCCUUUCGCUGUGCAUCUCCUCGACUGUUUGGCAGGGAUCUGUGCAGUAGAAACUAUUGUAUUAUCUGAUUCUUAAUUGCACGUUGCAUGACACAUGGCAACACCGGAGGCAAGGGUUUCAUAUUCUUCACUUUCUAAACUGGAAAACGAUAAUACCAAGUAUCAAUUUGAUGACGGCUACGAUGAUGCUGCCUGGGCUGUGCCUGGAGGCCAAAAUACUUGCUCCACAGCCUUUAGGUCCUUUAAACAAGAGUACCCAUAUCCGUCUGUCAUUGAAUCCGAUGAUUUUCUUGAUGGAGGAUAUGAUUCAAGUGAUGAUCGCUAUAACUAUGUACAGCCUAACGUGGUUCCAGAUGUCAACUUAAAAAAUGUGUUGAGUGGGAUACUUGCAAUUGUUAUGGGCCGGAAUAAAGGAUCAGCGGAUUCGGAUGAGCAUAGGGCCUCUAGUACGAAUGUAUCAUUUCUGGGUUCGGGAAAGAAUGGAGACAGUGUCUUGCAUGCUUCAGUCUACAUCCCGAGUGCGCCACCACUUCUUGAGCCUAAUGGGAUCAACUAUAGUGCAUACAAAGAGGUCUUGGAGGCUGAUUCUCCAGAGUGGCUUCCAGACAGUUCUACAACUGUUUGCAUGCAAUGUAAUGCUCCUUUUACAGCCCUUACACGAGGAAGACAUCAUUGUCGGUUUUGUGGAGGGAUUUUUUGUAGAGCAUGCACAAUGGGGAGAUGUUUGUUGCCCAUUAAAUUCAGGGAAAGAAAUCCUCAAAGGGUGUGCGAUACAUGCUAUGAUCGGCUGGAUCCAUUACAAGGGAUAUUAAUCAAUUCCAUCAGCAAUGCUGUCCAAGUUGCAAAGCAUGAUGUGAUGGACUGGACUUGUACAAGAGGGUGGUUAAAUCUGCCGGUGGGUUUAUCCAUGGAACAUGAGAUAUAUAAGUCAUCUAAUACUCUGAGGAGCUACUGCCAGGUUUCUCGAUUAAACCCUGAGAGAUCAAUACCAUAUGCAGUUCUGAAAGGAGCUAAAGGCUUGGCAAUUAUUACAGUUGCUAAAGCUGGCAUGCUUCUUACUUACAAACUGGGGACUGGUUUGGUUGUUGCUCGAAGGUCUGAUGGGUCAUGGUCUGCACCAUCUGCCAUAUGCUCUCUUGGUUUAGGAUGGGGUGCACAGAUUGGGGGGGAGCUCACAGACUUCAUAAUUGUGCUCCAUGAUUCUAAAGCUGUGAAGACAUUUUGUAGCCGCAUGCAUUUUUCUCUUGGAGCUGGUUGCAGUGCUGCAGCAGGACCUGUGGGGAGAGUAUUGGAAGCAGAUAUUCGAGCUGGAGAUAGAGGGUCUGGCAUUUGCUAUAGUUAUAGUUGCAGCAAAGGUGCAUUUGUGGGAGUUUCACUGGAAGGUAAUGUAGUCACAACACGGAUGGAUACCAACCUACACUUUUAUGGUGAUCCUUAUCUCACAACAGCCGACAUUCUGCUUGGGACAGUGGAUAGACCAAAGGCGGCUGUACCAUUGUAUGCUGCUCUUAAAGACCUUUACUCGAAGUUACAAAAUUAGCCAGCUCUUUCAGGGGUCUCAUUGUACAUAAUUUUCAAUGUCUUAAGUCUAAUAGUAUAAU